CAAGUUUUUUUUUUCCUUUGGACAAAUGGGUGUGGAUUAUGAAAAUGUCAUGCAAGAUUAGGCAAAUGCUACAGGAGCUGUGCAAAUACGCAACUUUCAGACUGUUCGGGAGUGGAGCUUUUGUUGCAGGUUGAUGGGGCCGGUGGAAGGGUCUCUGGACCUGCUUGUUUAGGGGGUGAACUUUGCUUGUCCCCUGAGCUCUGCACCAACUGAGGGAGCUUGCUGAAUUACUCGCUUCGAUGGCGGAGACGUCUCAAGGAAGCCAGGAAAAGGGCAGGAGAGACAUCCUGAGGUCCACCAAGCAGGCAUGGACCCCCCUGGAUGAGCAGCUGCCUCCUGGCUCUGAGGAGGAGAGCCGGAGUCCCACCGUCCUCAUGCUGGAAGAUUCCAAACUAGAAAGUAUUCAGCAGUGGCUGGACUCUGGAUCCUUUGUCUCCGUAGAUGAGAACUUUCAGCCCUUCAUUGACCACACUGUUUCUGCUCAUGAGCAAGGCGUGGUUCAGAUGACUGUGAAAGGCUACAUGAGAUCUCUGCAUCAGUUUUCUGAAACUCCCACUCUAUCCAGAGGGACCAGUUUCAACUCUUGCCAUUCUGCUGCCAGUAUACCACAAAGCAUUCCUGAAUGGCUGGAAUUUGGGGAAAAAGAUCCAGUGGAGAUUCUCUUGGAUCUGGGGUUUGGUGCUGACAAGCCGGAUAUCUGCACACAAAUCCCAGCCAGAUUCCUGGGUUGUGGCUCAGCAGCCAGAGGAAUCAACAUCCGUGUUUUUCUUGAAGCUCAAAAGCAGCGGAUGGAACUUGAGAACCCUAACUUGUACAGCCGUUUCCGACAGCUGGAAAUAUUGGACCAUGUGGCCACUGCCUUUUCAUCUUUGCUGAAUGACGUUAACAUCCUGCAGAACAAAGCUGAAGAGGAAGAUGAGGGUAUGCAAAGAACCUCAGUGAGUGAAGCCAAAGGGCAUCAAAGAAGAAUGGGUGAACUCUUCAGGAGAGGUUCAAAGCAGAACAUUAGGAGGGAUUACAGCCUGGAAGUGGCAGAGUCGUUAAAGGUGAAGGAUGAAUUGUCCAUCACCUCUGCAAAAGCAGGAGAGUGCGGGUCAGAGUUUCCAGCCAUGACAAACAAGCAGGACCAAAGUCGUUUGUCUCCUUUGGCAGAGCAUCAGUCUCUUCCAGCCUGUGAAGAUGUGACACCUUGUCAUCCUCCCCAGGCUCUCCUGAGCAGCCAGUGGCAUCAUUCAUCCCUGCUGGCCAAGCAGGCUCCUCCUUCCUGGGAGGCUGAGGGAUCAGUCAAGGACAGAACUCGAAAGGAGAACUCAGUUCAGACUAACAAACUUAAGAGCUUGUCUCGUCUUGCGGGCAAAACACCAGACUCCUUCGAAAUGGAAGAGGUCCAGAGCUUUGAAGAAGAGACUGGUAAUCCUCUUGACAUGGCUUCAGGAACUGUAGGUGCCAUGGUGAACAGGGCAAACAGCUGCCAGUCUGACAGCAGCGGGUUCCUAGAGGAGCCACUGGAACCACAACUCGUCCAGUUUCUCCCACAGAUAGCUUCCUUGUCAAGCAGCCAGAGUCCUCCUGAGAAUGGAUACAGAAAGCCAAGGAGUCAGAGCCACAGUUCGGUGUCAUCCCGGGACUGUCAGCGAGAGUCAGAUGGGUCUGAUUCCACGGGUAUGGUGAGCACAUCUUUUUCAAGUCAGGACUGGAGUGUCUUGGAAGAAAAGGUCUCAACCUCUGUGGAAGAGAAAGAGUCUCAGUUUGAGGCCAUGGAAGGGCCCCCAGAGCUGUUGACCCCAGAUCUGGCCCUUCGUAAGACCACCACUGGGGGAGAACUCCCAAGGAAAGAUGGCCACGGGCAGCAGCCCCUGCCUGUGCCCCAAAGUGAGUCUGAGGCUACUGUGGGCACAGUUACCUCCAAAUGUGACUGUCCUCUGGGGUUUAUGGUGACCCACACCACAGAAGUGAAGGAUGGGUUUCUGAGGCCUGAACGAGAUGGGGAAGUAUACGUGCAAAGCCACCACUGUGAGUCUCAGAAAUCACCUGGAAUUGAUCCUGAUCAAGACAAGUCUCUUCACAUUGACUCUGAGGCCCUAAGGGGUGUGGAAAGUGGUAAACUCUGUCCUGACAUCAGCCACACCUUACUGAUGCGAGAAAGUCCCCCACAGCAUGUCCUCAGGCCCAGUGAAGUCAUGCCCUAUACAGUUGACCUUGUUCAAACAUCUAAAAAGUCUAUUUGCCAUCUAGAUAAAGUGGCUGGAGAUAUUCCCCAAGUGAGGCCCAAGUGUAGUGCUUUGGGUCAAAUACCACCUAGGACAGAAUCGGAGCUGGGAAACCUUCCUCCAAAUGCUGACUUCAGCACUGUUAGUGCCAAGUCUGUGACAAUCCAGAUGUCCUCCAAUCUGGCAUCGGCUGUUCAGAAUGCUGUGGUGUUGGGGAUAGAUUCUAGAGGAACAACUUCAGAAUUCACUAUGUGUGACCCUGUCCCCACAACAGAACCAGGACUGGGGGCAGAAGCAAGACAGUUCAAUGAUGUUUCUGUUCAGACUUAUACAUGUGAGCCUAGCCCCUGGCAUUGCUGUUCAGCUCCAAGUAACAAGGCCCGGCCCCUCACCAAAUCUGUCUCUCUAGACACAGUCUUCCCUAGUGUCCACCCAGUGGGCAUCUGUCAUGCUGCACCUGCCCACUGUUGUGUCUGCUGUCAUCACCAUCUCCACCGCCACUUGGAGAGGCAAAGCCCCAGCUCCGUGUCUUCAGCCUGUAGGCACUGCCCAUGCUCAUAUACUCUGGAAGCCCAGUUCAUGAAGACUUUGAAAGUCCUUCAGGACACUGCAGUGAGGGAGCUGUAUUCUUGCACAGUCCACGAGAUGGAGACAAUGAAGACGGUAUGCCAGAGUUUCCGGGAGCAUUUAGAAGAAAUUGAGCAGCACCUGAGAGGACAACAGGCACUCUUUUCCAGGGACAUGUCAGAGGAGGAAAGGGAGGAGGCAGAACAACUGCAAUCUUUACGCAAGGCCCUGCGACAGGAGGUGGAGGAGCUAGAGUUUCAAUUAGGAGACCGGGCUCAGCAAAUCCAAGACGUUGUUCAGUUGCAGCUUGAGCUUCUUACCGGGGAACCACCUGAAUGUUAUACAAAUCUGCAUCAGUGUCACUGGACAGAAGAAAAGAAUGGCCAGACUUCGGGUGCUAAGAUCCACCCUGCCAUGGCCGCUGGGGCUGCCGUUCCUCCCGAUGACGAUGACGGCCAGCAGACGCCCUGCUCAGGUGUGGCCCAUUUAGCUGCCUUUGCUCCAGCCACCUUGGGGAGCAGCAGCAGGAUGUCUCCUCCAGCUUGGGCGGAGUUAGAUCCAGCCUCUCGGUUAAACUGUCCAGUUGGAGAAAAGGACACAGAUGUCUUCCUCUAGAUCACAGCAGAUUUGAUGACCCUCCUGCAAAAUGUAAGAGCACCUUCUAGCCAGAGAAAAGAUACCUAGAUUUUCCCCAAGGAGAAAUAUCUAUUAAUCUUUCAUCAGUUUUUUUAAAAUGUUGUACUCUAUGGUUAAACAUGGGAGGAAUAAUUUAAUACUCAUUCAAUACAGAAUAAGUGAGUACCUACUAUGUGCCUGGCAUACAGUGUGGUAGCCAAGGUAUAUAUAUAUAUAUAUCUCUCAAGAUAUAUUUGGUGUACAGUCUUUGCCCUGCUGAAGCUUACAGUCUACUGGGGGAGGUAAAAUGUAAACCCAUGAAUAGGUAUAAAUUUGAAAACUAUAGAAGUGCUUUGAAGGAAAUAACAGGGUUGUAUGAAAGAGAAUGUAACAGGGAGUCCAAUCUAGAUCAGCAUAUCAGGAGGGCCUGGUUGAGGGAGUGACAGCAGAAUGUGGAAAGACGAUCCUGGCCCCAGAGGUACCAGACUGUUGAGAAGACUUGCAUCAGUCGGCGAGCCAGGCACACUGAGGAAGCGCCUACGGGUGCCAAGACCUCCUCUUGUGCUGGAGACAGAGCUGUGAACAAGACAGAAUUUCUACUCAUGCAGAAUUGGAUGAGGAGUGAGAAACCACAACAAGAAGUAACUAAGAUCGUCAGUACUUGGCCAUGGUGAAACAGCACGGUGACUCCGUGGAAGGUGAUGUGAGGUGAAAAGCGUACCGCAUUUGUCCGAGUGGUCGGCCUCGCUAAGGGAAGCUCUCUGGGUAAGGCCUGGAUGGUGAGGAAGAGGAAGCCAUGGGAAAUUCUGGGGAAAGAAUAUCGAAAGCAGAAGGGCUAGAAAGUGUAAAGGCUCAGAGACAGAAAUAGUCCGAGUGGCCGAGUAGGCCGAGUGGGCGAGUGAUGGGGGAGUGGAGGCAGAGGUGGCAUGAGAGGUGGGCCCCCGGGAUCACUGUGGGCAGGAGUCGGAGCCCGAACGUUUUUCCUGGUGUUAUGGAAGGCCGUUGUAGGUUUUAAACAGGGUUGUCGUAUGAUACGAUUUACAUUUAAAGAUCACGCUGACUGCCUGGUGGAGACUCUCCACUGAGGACUUAACAGCUGGCAGAGCUCCAGCUAGGAGGCAGUUGGUGUAAUCCCUGAGGGAGAAGCAGAGCUGUCACGUUGCUUCCAACCUGCUGGGGAGGCUCGAGAGGCCGCACCCCAGUGAAAUGCAGGGAGGCGUACACAAGGGCUGAGUGCCGGCGAGUCUCUAAGUCCUACAGGAAUUCUAAGA